UACUUAUAACAAAAGGAAAUCGUUUUUAUUUAGCUUUUUAUUUUCUCAAAACCCUUUUUUCUUUCAUCCCCAUGAUCUCCACCUCUUCCACUUCUUCUUCUCCAAAAUUUCGAUGACUUAUCUAUAAAAGAAAAAGAUGGUCUUCUCAUCAUCAUACAUCGAUUAGUCUCAGAAAUCAGUUACUUUUUUCACCCCAAAGGUAUCAAUUUACCAUCUCCAAUUUCAGUUUUUAAUUUUGUUAUAGCUGUCAAAGAUUUCUUAUAUCAUGCUUAAUAAACAAUGUUUCAAUAUAUGUGUUUAUGUGUUUACAGUUUCGCCAAAUACGUCUUCAAGCUCAAGCAAGCAUUCAAAAGUUUCAUUUUCCUUGGCAGAUCAGAAAACAAUUGCAGAAUUUUAUUCGGCACACGUUUCAUUAUGGAUUGUCCUAAAAAAUCAUUCUUGUUGAUGAUCUCGUGCAUGUCAUUUCUGUUAAAUUAUAACAAUGUUGGCUUUGUAGACGCAGCAACAAACAUUGGCUUGAACUACGGCCUCCUUGGAGACAACCUCCCACCUCCUUCUGAAGUUAUCAACCUCUACAAGUCAUUAAGUGUUACCAAUAUUCGGAUUUUCGACACGAAUACGGAUGUCCUUAACGCUUUCCGAGGGAACCUCGAUAUUGGAGUUAUGGUAGGUGUUAAGAACCAAGACUUACAAGCUCUCUCGGUAAACGAAGACGCUGUAAACACCAACGUUGAGCCUUACUUAGCUGACGUCAAAAUUACAUUCAUUACUGUUGGUAAUGAAAUCAUCCAUGGAGAAAUCGGAUCUUACGUGCUACCUGUCAUGCAAUCUCUCACCAACGUUGUCAAGUCGAAGAGUCUCCCAAUCUUGAUCAGCACCACUGUGGCUAGGAAUCUUGGCCAGUCAUAUCCACCUUCCGCCGGAGAUUUCACGCCUCAGGCUCGUGAACAACACCCAGUGCUGAAGUUUUUGUCUCAAACAAGUACGCCUAUUCUCGUCAACAUCUACCCUUACUUCGCUUAUGCUGAUGAUCCUGUCAACAUUCAGCUUGAUUAUGCUAUCUUCAACACUGACGCGGUCGUGGUCCAAGAUGGGCCACUUGGUUAUUCAAACAUGUUCGAUGUAAUAUUUGAUGCGUUCAUAUGGGCAAUGGAGAAAGAGGGCGUAAAAGAUUUACCGAUCAUGGUGGUAACAGAGAGCGGAUGGCCAUCUGCUGGUAACGAGAACUUAAAAACGCCAGAUAUCGCGUCUAUAUACAACGGAAAUUUUGUUAAACAUGUGGAAAGCGGUAAGGGAACGCCCAAAAGACCAAACAGUGGCAUUAAUGGAUUUCUAUUUGCUACGUUCAAUGAGAAUCAAAAGCCAGUUGGAACAGAAAAAAAUUUUGGAUAGUACAAUCCUACUAAUAUGAAGCCCAUCUACAAGUUGUUUUGAUUUUUAGAUUCUUGAUUUAUAGACUAAUCCCAAAUCAUUAGUAAAUGAUGCUCUAAUAGUUGUAAUAGAGCGGGAUAAGAUCAAGAUCCCACAACAAUACUUAUUUUAUAUGUUGUAUGAUCUUCUUAAAUAAGGAAAAUCAGAAGCAAAAGAUAACAUGGUAUUAGCUAUGGACAAGUUUAGUCCGCUAUAAUCUAUCUAUUACUAAUUAUUAUUGUAUUUUUUUACAAUAACACUCAUUUUAUACUCCCAA